CGGGGAAUUUACAAAAUUUUAUUUAAUUUUAUUGAAAAAAAAUCAAAUUUUAUGCCAUAUUUACAGAUAAAUAAUACGAACAAAAUGAAGUAUAUAUCAUGCUCAGUUGACGGUGAUAAAUUAUUGAAAUGCAUUGCUGAUAAUAACGAUAUUUAUUUUCCUUUUAAUAAAUUUUUAAAAAGACGUUUCGACUUAAGUGGAAAAUAUCGAAAAGAUGAUUAUUUCGAAUGGUGGACGUCUUAUUCGAAAGUUCGCUAUCCUGAAUUCACUCAUUAUGACCCUAAAGAAUCGUUUGGACAUUUCGCUUCAUAUAAUGUCGAAACAAGGGAUCGAGUCAAAUGUAUCAACGGUCGUUAUGGUUUGCUUUUAUCUAUUUUUUUAUGUUCUUACAUUCUUUUAUAUAUAUUCUUCUACACUCUAUUUAUAAAAGGAAUUUUGAGAUUUGCAUUACAACAUUACAGCAGAAAUAAAACAGAUGAUAAAAGAUGCGUUUGGCUUGUUAACAAUAAAGAUAGCCAUGCUCUUGGGAAGGAACCACAUGAAUCUGAAUGGAGAUUCAUUUCUCGAGAUUUGUUAGUCGAUAUUAAUCGAGCUUUUUUGGCAACGAAUCAACGAAAAAUGACUAUUUUACAUUCUGGAGAUAUACGAAUAAUGUCGAUUACAUUUCGAGGAAGAUGUGUAGUUCGAGAAGUGCGGCAAAGUUCAUCCGCUCAUAUGGAGCAAUUUCUUACUGCAGCCGAUUGGUUUAUUAAAAAUCAAAAUGAGCGGGGCGGUUGGCAUGUGCCAGUUGAUCGAUGGAUCGCUGGAAAACAACUUUUUUUGAAAGCGGGUUGGCACAGCGCAAUGGCACAAGGUCAUGCACUUAGUGUUUUAACGAGAGCUUAUCAUGUUACCAAAGAUAUGAAAUAUAUUAAUGCAGCUGCCAAAGCUUUACAUCUUUUUAAAAUUGUAUCAGUGGAUGGUGGCGUGCGGAACGAACUUUUUGGACAUACAUGGUUCGAAGAGUAUCCAACAGUUCCGGGCACUUUUGUACUUAAUGGUUUCUUAUAUGCCUUGAUUGGUCUUUAUGACUUUUCCAAAUUGUCAAAUAUGUAUUCGAAUGAUACCAAUGAACUUCUUAACGAAGGCUUAAAAAGUUUACGAGCCCUUUUACCACUUUACGAUACAGGAAGUGGCUCUAUUUAUGAUUUACGUCAUAUUAGUUUACAAAGUGCUCCAAAUCUUGCGCGUUGGGACUACCAUUCUGUACAUAUUUAUUUAUUAAAAUGGCUGUAUAAUAUUUAUAAUGAAGAUUAUUUAAAUAAAUUUGCUGUUAGAUGGACGAAUUAUGCGAUGGGAAAUCGUGCGCCUCAUAAUUAG